ACACACACACAUACACACACACAUACACACACACAGUUAGCCUAACGCAUAUACAUGUGUUAAAAAAUGCACGAGCAAACAGAAAGCAGAACAUAGGCCUACACAUAGCCUUAAUAUAGACAAGACAUUUACACUCAAACACAUACACACAGCAUAGCAAGCAUAGUUAUUCUUGGGAGCUUGCGUUCACCCUCAGCAGUGCACACACUCACUCUCACAAGCUCUGGGGACAAAGGGGGCCGGGGCUACACGUUUUGGACUUGUCCGUGUUUAUCCAAUCAGAGAGCGUCUGGUUGCGUUACCCUUAGUUACCGGGUAGUGGUAUUAUGGUAUGGAGACAUGGCAGCCUGCAGUGGAGGCAUGCAUGUCAACAGAAGAUUGUUUGCUGGCGUUUUAUUAAUCUGACACGCCUUUAAUGGAGCUGCAGAUAUAUUUGGACAUUUCGUGGGAUUUCCGGAGACUCUGUCGUCGAUACUUUUAAGCCAACACCACCCCACUCUUGACAAACACCACCGCCAUCAUGCCCGGUGAGGAUAAACCACCGCAACAGACCCGCCAGAGGAAAAAGAACAAAAAGUCCCGCUCCAAGGGGAAGAGCCCGGGUGGGUCUCCCAGUGUGGCCAGCACCAUAGAUGGCCAAGAUGACCUCAUCUUACCCCCAGUGCUACAGCCUCCUCCUAAAAAGGCAGCAGAGGAGAAGCCUAAAGUGUCUAUUGCCAAAAUGGAGGAUGAGUCCUCCAUUGCUAUCUGUCUCCAGGUGGUCUUUCCCUACCUGCUCGCUGGGAUGGGCAUGGUAAUGGCUGGCCAGGUGCUGGACGGUGUACAGCACUGGGAGGUGUUUAAGGUGAUAACGGAGGUGUUCAUCCUGGUGCCUGCGCUGGUUGGACUCAAAGGAAACCUGGAGAUGACCCUGGCUGCUCGCCUCUCCACUGCUGCAAACACAGGCCAAAUGGAUGACCCUAAUAAACAAUGGACCAUGGUGUGCAGCAAUCUGGCCCUGAUACAGGUUCAGGCGACAGUGGUUGGUUUCCUGGCAGCAGUGGCAGCGGUGUGUUUAGGGUCCAUUUCUCGAGGGGGGGUUGAACUGGACCAGGCAGCUGUUCUCUGUGCUUCCAGCAUCACCACUGCCUUCGUAGCUGCUCUUUCCUUAGGCCUGGUGAUGAUUGGAGUGAUCAUCGGCUCCAGGAAGGUGGGGAUCAACCCGGACAACGUGGCCACCCCCAUCGCUGCCAGUCUUGGUGAUUUGAUCACCCUGUCCCUGCUGGCCGCGGUCAGCAGCACUCUCUAUGAAUAUAAAGAUAUAUGGUACCUGUCCCCCCUGGUGUGUCUGGUCUUCCUGGCUCUGAUCCCACUGUGGGUGAUGGUGGCCCGACAGAGCCCGCAGAUCAGGGAGGUUCUCCGCUCAGGGUGGCAGCCUGUUUUAGUAGCCAUGUCCAUUAGCAGUUUCGGAGGCCUUAUACUGGACAAGACAGUGAGUGAUCCCAACUUUAAGGGCAUGGCUGUCUUUACCCCCGUCAUCAACGGAGUGGGUGGUAACUUGGUGGCCAUCCAGGCCAGUAGGAUCUCAACCUACCUGCACUUCUGGAGCAUCCCAGGGGUGCUGCCCUACAAGAUGAGGCAACACUGGCCCAAUCCCUGCAUCACCUUCUUCUCCUCAGGGGUGAACUCGAGGUCAGCGCGGGUGCUUCUGAUGCUGGUUGUCCCUGGUCACCUGGUCUUCCUCUACGCCAUCUCUCUGCUGCAGGGAGAGGAGGCGCCCAUCAGUGUAGCCUUCACCAUCUGCUACCUGUGUGCUGCUCUGCUGCAGGUGGCCAUCCUGCUUUACUUUGCUGACCUCAUCAUCCGUGUGAUGUGGAGACGGAGUCUGGACCCUGACAACUUCUCCAUCCCAUACCUGACGGCCCUGGGGGACCUGCUGGGCACCGGCUUUCUGGCGCUCUGCUUCCACAGCGUCUCACUGGUUCGGAGCCUGGGUCUCUGAAUGUUUUACCUUUACCCAGCCACUGUCUUGUUGCACCAAUGUUGUCACAUUUACACAGAUAUGCUUUUGAUUGGACAAUAAAGCAUUUUCUGAGGGGGCCAGUUCAUACCGAGGAAUCUGCCUUUGCCACAAAUUCAAACCUUUACAGUGAUGGAGAGACGACGUCCAUUCAGACCCAUGCAGGUGAAGGAACACGCCAAUCUGAUUAUUUUAUUUAAAGGGAAAGGACUUUUUUCAGUAAGUGUACUUUUAUUUUGUCAUCAUUCCUUUCUGUCUGUCUUUUAGUUUUCUUGCAUAACUAAAUGUGAGUUGGUGGCUCUGCGCUCGCCUCGUCUCUCAGCUCAUCUCAUCGGCUCCGUCGGAGGAGUUUGAAGCGACAUCACAGCCCUGAACAGCUGGUCCGUUUGUGGACAUUUGUCUGAAUGUGGAGAGAUCAGACAGACUUAAAGCAGUGGGCUGCACUAUGCAUUAAUGCUAAAGGGUGUGGAGGUUGACUGAUGUAUUACACUAACUGGAAUUUUCAUUGAUGUAUGUCCAAAUGGGACAGAUUUUAGUUUUAAUGCAAUCGGGUCACGUAACUUCAACACGCAGGGGGAAGUUUCGUCAUCAUACGAGAAAAUAUGCAUCUCCAUUAUUAUACAUAUAAAAAAAAACAGUUUUGAGGUAGCGAAACAAACAGAAUGGGGUAGUUUCAUGUCGGAAGGCGAGUGGCAUGGCUGCACAGUGGAAACAGUUUGUCAGUCAUGAGGAAUCACCUCAUAUUGCAGAACAGUGUAAAGCAGAUCCACCUUAAACACUUCCCAUAAGUGGAAACCGAUGUGUGUAAAAGAAACAUUUAGGAGAGACAUAUUUUGUAGCUAUGUUUGUUGGAGAACCGUUGAGCAAAAGAGAAGUGACAAACAGACUGUUUGACUGCAGGUGUCCGCCAGCAAGUUCUUGACAGCUGGGAUUCACAGUUAGAAGGAAAUGUUGCGUCUACUCACUAGUGGAAUAAAAUAAAAAUCCACUAAAAGCUUAAA